GGAAAAGGGUGGUGUGUUCGUUUUUUAUGCUUUUAAGGUGCUUUAAGUUGCAGAUAAUGGUUUCUCUAAAUUACGUGUGCUAAGAAAAGGAAAACUCGAAGUAUAUAAAUCGUGCCACAUGUGAUUCCAGCUUCCCAUCAUGUGCGAGUCCGGGCCGGAGAUCUUCCACGAGAAACAGCGGCUGGAGCUGUGCGCCAUCCACGCGCUCAACAACGUGCUGCAGGAGCGCAUCUUUACCAAGGAGGCGGCGGAUGAAAUCUGCAAAAGGUUAGCUCCAGAAUGUCGUGUUAAUCCUCACCGCAGCUUCCUAGGGACGGGGAACUACGAUGUGAAUGUAAUUAUGGCAGCACUCCAGAGCCGGGGGCUGGCAGCAGUGUGGUGGGACAAGCGCAGGUCGGUGGACUUGCUACAUCUGGAUCACAUCCUCGGCUUCAUCAUGAACAUCCCAUCGCUGGUGUCGCUUGGCUUCCUCUCCUUGCCGUUCCGGAGAAGGCACUGGAUAGCAGUGAGACUCGUCAAUGAAUGUUACUACAACCUGGACUCCAAGCUGAAGGGACCCGUCCGCAUCGGAGAUGCAUGUGACCUGCGGAACUUUCUCAAGGAGCACAUAUCACAGGAACCAUGUGAGGUCCUGCUGGUUGUGGACAAGAAGGUCGAGGAGGAUGGCACAUGGAUGCUGCACAGCAGUUGACGGAGCUGUGUAUCCUGUGACCUGAAAAUGCCGCAUGCCUGCCUGCCUGGAAGAGCUUUGGCCGUGGACUCCAGCGCUUUCAACGGAAUAACUCUGCAUUUGGAGAACCAGAAGUUUGCCAGUAACUUUGCACUUUCGACAUUUUAUAUGCCUUGGAUGAGGAACAAGAAGGGAUAAGGGUGAGGUCUGAGAAAAGAAAAAAGAAAAUGUAAACUUGCUUGCUUGGUUAAUUAAUUGAUUGAUUGAUUGAAGUUUUUUUGCAUCCCUAAGUAGGUGGAUGAUUUGGGUUAUAAAUGAUGUGACGAAGGAGCGUCACUCUCCGCCUGCCCGGAGGACCGAGCACAUGGUGUCCUGAUGACCGCUGUCUUCUCAGCCAGCGUGUGCUUUUUCUACACAUUAUGUCCCUUGAUUAGGCCCGCCUAUCCACUAUCGGCUAGGACCCUCAUUUUGUCUUUAGAAAAGCCCAGAUUCUUCAAGGCACGGAUUUAACAAUGUGCAGGUAGCAACCGUCGGGAAUUUUAGCUCAUGCCGAGUCGGUAGCCCUACAAGGUUCUGGCCACGUUUUUGUUUGGGUGCUGCUUAAGGAAAAAACAAAGCAAACACACCGGUGACGCAUUGGGAGUGGAGAUCAUGGGUUCACAGCCCGGGUCCUCCCUGCGUGGAGAGCGUUUUGACUCGUGAGAAAGGCGCUAUAUAAAUGUAAAAGAAUUAUUAUUAAUUCAGGACUGAAUCUUGACAACAAUAAAAAAGUGAAUUAGUUAAAUUAGGGUGGCACGGUGGUGCAGUGGGUAGCGCUGCUGCCUCGCAGUACAGAGACCUGUGGUUCACUUCCCUGGUCCUCCCUGCGUGGAGUUUGCAUGUUCUCCCCGUGUCUGCGUGGGUUUCCUCCCACAGUCCAAAGACAUGCAGUUUAGGUGCAUUGGCGAUCCUAAAUUGUCGCUAGUGUGUGUGUGCGCGCCCUGCCCAGGCUCCAGCAGACCCCCCGUGACCCUGUAGUUAGGAUAUAGCGGGUUGUGUAAUGGAUGGAUAGUUAAAUUAGCAGCAAGGACUGGUGACUAAUCAAGAAAAGGGUUAGCAGUGGUCCAGGAGUGGAGUUGGAGACCCCUGCCCUGUGCUGGUGGAUGUUGUCUUUUCUCUGGUCAGGAUCACAGUGCUCACAGAGCCAGCAGACCAGACUUUGCUACCCGAAGCGAUGGUUUGCACUCGUCCAAAGGAAUUCCCAGGCCCCCAGUUCAUUUUGAGAGGUGUAUUCUCUAACGCUUAUAUCUAGUGUGCACAGGGAAGGCCCCCACGAGAUACCAUUGCCAUGUCCGCCAGCUCCAUCUUACCUGGAGGCCCACCCAGCUCAUUCUGUUCUCUUACAUGUUUAGUUUCUGACACAGAUAUCUACAUUUAUAGGUUUGGUGCCCAGCAGGGGGCACUUUUGAGCCUUCCCCUCACUUAAAAUGACCUACAAACACCCCCACCCCCUCAUUCCAGUCAUGGGGGUUUUUAUUUAUAGAAUGAUGGGUCCCAGGAGGGUGCAGGGCACAGGUUACAUAAAGAGGACAGUAGCACUCCCUAAUUCUGAGCCCCUCUCCACAAUACACACAGUUGUCAGUCAGUCAUCGUCCAACUCCCUAUAUCCUAACACAGGGUCACGGGGGGUCUGCUGGAGCCAAUCCCAACUAACAGAGGGUGCAAGGCAGGAAACAAACCCCGGGCAGGGCGCCAUACACAGUUGUGCCCCUUUCUUACCUUUUCCUCCUCUCUCAUGUCUCAGGUGGGUUUCUUUCCUUUGUUUCCACUUCACUCUGACUCUAUGCUCACCUGGCAAUGGCAAGGAGGCUUUUGUUAAAGUGUGGCCCUUCAUGGCCGAUUUGCUGACUGACAGUCCUGGCCCUUUUGGAAGUGUACUGCCAUCUACUUAAUGGGCUGGGUGCACCUGUAUUGGGCAUCAAUCUGGGCAUAGCAGCUCUGUAAUUUCCAAGAUGACUGUUCGGUGGUCUCUAGUCUUCCUUUGUCCACCUUCUCUACUCCAUCCAAGAAGGGGUAACCAAUUUGAACCAUCUGUUGGAAUGACAAAUUCAGUGCAUUUUACUACUACAAACUAGCUAUGCCACCCAACUAAGACAGGCUGAGAUGUAAGAAAUCAAAGUAAACCUCAGCAUUAAUGUUUGUAAUGCGUACGGUUCUGUUAUGUCAUUUGGAAUAGGAUUCAUAAAAGUGGUGUUAAUGUUUGUGAUGCACCAUCUGUUGGAAUGACAGAGACAUGGCAACUGGACAGACACUUCUCCUUCUCUUAGGGUGGAGGGUUAACUCACUUGUACUACCACAAAGAGGCACAAGGUGCUACAGCACAGUGGGAAAUAGCACAAACACAGGGGGCUGCAUGUCUGAGCAGCCAAACCAAACCACCAUUGAGGGUCUUGAAGUGCAGAGGGUCAAUUGAAGGGUUAAUUCAGAACCACUGAUUUGGGCAUCUGGAAUAGAAAGUCUGCCAAGGAUGUGACAAUCAUGGAGAUUUUAUGCAUAGGAUUGGAGGGGAUGCCAUUGUGAAUGAAAUCCAGAAAUCAGGAUAAGUUUUCUUGAGCACUUUGGGAAGGAGAGAAUAUCUGCUUCCUUUAAUCUUCUUCUUUCAGCUGCUCCCGUUAAGGGUUGCCACAGCGGAUCAUCUUCUUCCAUAUCUUUCUGUCCUCUGCGUGUUGCUCUGUUCCAUCACCUCCAUGUCCUCUCUCGCCACAUCCAUAAACCUUCUCUUAGGCCUUCCUCUUCCUAUCCUUAACAUCCUUCUCCCAUUAUACCCAGCAUCUCUCCUCUGCACAUGUCCAAACCAACGCAAUCUCGCCUCUCUGACUUUGUGUCCAAACCUUCCAACUUGAGCUGACCCUUUAAUGUCCUCAUUUCUAAUCCUGUCCAUCCUUGUUCACACCCAAUGCCAAUCUUAGCAUCUUUAACUCUGCCACUUCUAGCUUUGUCUCCUGCUUUCUGCUAAGUGCCACCGUCUCUAAACCAUAUAACAUAGCUGGUCACACUACCGUCCUGUAGUCCCUUCCCUUUCACUCUUGCUGAUAUCGGUCUGUCACAAAUCACUCCUGACACUCUUCUCCACCCAUUUCACCCUGCCUGCACUCUCUUUUUCACUUCUCUUCCACAAUCCCCAUUACUCUGUACUGUUGAUCCCAAGUAUUUAAACUCAUCCACCUUCACCAACUCUACUCCCCUCAUUCCACUGACCUCCCUCUCAUUCACACACAUGUAUUCUGUUUUGUUCCUACAGAGCUUCAUUCCUCUCCUCUCUAGAGCAUAUCUCCAUCUCUCCAGGGUCUCCUCAACCUGCUCCCUACUAUCACUACAGAUCACAAUUUCAUUAGCAAACAUCACAGUCCACGGGGACUCCUGUCUAAUCUCGUCUCUCAACCUGUCCAUCACCAUUGCAAAUAAGAAAGGGCUCAGAGCCGAUCCCUGAUGUAAUCCCACCUCCGUCACUCCUACCGCAGACCUCACCACUGUCACACUUCCCUCAUACAUAUCCUGUACAACUCUUAUGUACUUCUCUGCCACUCCCGACUUCCUCAUACAAUACCACAGCUCCUCUCAGUCACCCUGUCAUAUGCUUUCUUCAGGUCCACAAAGACGCAAUGCAACUCCUUCUGGCCUUCUCUGAACUUCUCCAUCAAACACCCUCAGAGCAAACAUCACAUCUGUGGUGCUCUUUCUUGGCAUGACACCAUCCUGCUGCUCACUAAUCAUCACCUCACUUCUUAACCGAGCUUCCACUACUCUUUCCCAUAACUUCAUGCUGUGGCUCAUCAAUUUUAUCCCCUGUAGUUACUACAGUCCUGCACAUCCCCCUUAUUCUUAAAUAUGUAUCACUACACUUCUUCUGCACUCCUCAGACAUCCUCUCACUUUCCAAGAUUCCAUUAAACAAUCUGGUUAAAAACUCUACUGCCAUCUCUCCUAAACACCUCCAUGCUUCCAUAGGUAUGUCAUCUGGACCAACAGCCUUUCCAUUCUUCAUCCUCUUCAUAGCUGUCCUUACUUCCUCUUUGCUAAUCCGUUGCACUUCCUGAUUCACUAUCUCCACAUCAUCCAACCUCUUCUCUCUCUCAUUCUCUUCAAUCAUCAGCCUCUCAAAGUACUCUUUCCAUCUGCUCAACACACUCUCCUCGCUUGUGAGUAUGUUUCUAUCUUCAUCCUUUAUCACCCUAACCUGCUGCACAUCUUUCCCAGCUCGGUCCCUCUGACUAGCCCACUGGUCCUUUUCUCCCUCCUUAGUGUCCAACCCCUCAUACAACUCAUCAUACGCCUUUUCUUUAGCCUUCAUCACCUCUCUCUUCACCUUGCCCCUUAUCUCCUUGUACUCUUGUCUACUUUCUGCAUCUCUCUGACUAUCCCACUUCUUCUUUGCCAUCCUCUUCCUCUGUAUACUCUCCUGUAUUUCCUUUUCCUCCUUCCUCUGUCCAGAUGUCACACCAAGCACCCAUCUUGCUGUCACCCUUACUACAUCUGCUGUAGUUUCCCAGCUGUCUGGUGACUCUUUACUGCCACCCAGCACCUGUCUCACCUCCUCCCUAAGCUCAACCUUGCAGUCUUCUUUUUUCAACUUCCACCACUUGAUCCUUGGCUCUACCCUCACUCUCUUCCUCUUCUUGAUCUCCAAUGUCAUCCUACAGUCCACCAUCCUAUGCUGUCUACACUUUCCCCUGCCACCACUUUGCAGUCUUCAAUCUCCUUCAGAUCAACUCUUCUGCAUAGGAUGUAAUCUACCUGUGUGCAUCUUCCUCCACUUUUGUACGUCACCCUGUGUUCCUCCCUCUUCUUAAAAUACGUAUUCACCACAGCCAUGUCCAUCCUUUUGGCAAAUUCCACUAUCCUCUGACCUUCUUCAUUCCUCUCCUUGACACCAUACCUACCCAUCUCCUCAUCUCUACUGCUCCCUUCACCAACAUGCCCAUUGAAAUCCGCUCCAAUCACCACAUUCUGUCCCUUGAGUACACUGUCCAUCACUUCAUCCUACUCACUGCAGAAAUCUUCUUUCUCACCCAUUGCACACCCAACUUGCGGUGCAUAUGCACUAACAACAUUCAUCAUCACACCUCCAAUUUCCAGCUUCAUAAUCAUCACUCUGCCUGACACUCUCUUCACCUCCAAAACACUCUUGACAUGCUGUUUCUUCAGAAUAACUCCUACUUCAUUUCUCCUCCCAUCCACACCAUGAUAGAACAGUUUGAAUCCACCUCUGAUCCACCUGGCCUUACUCCCCUUCCAUUUAGUCUCUUGCACACACAAUAUAUCAACCUUCCUUCUCUCCAUCAUAUCUGCUAACUCUUUACCCUUACCAGUCAUACUGCCAACAUUCAAAGUUCUACCCUCAGUUCCACUCUCUUUACCUUCCUCCUCUCCUCCUGCCUCCGGACACGUCUCCCCCCUCUUCUUCUCCUUCUUCUUCUUCGGCCAACAGUAGCCUAAUUUCUGCCAGCACCCUUUUGUGACCAUUGUUAACCCGGGCCUCAACUGAUCUGGUAUGGAAAUGUGUAUUGUUGUCUGCAAAAUUUUAGACCGGGUACUUUUCCUGUUGUAACCCCCCUCCCCAUUUGUCUGGACUUGGGACCACCAUGGUUUGUGCUUCCUUUAAUGACUAAUUUUAAAUAAAAAUGGAACUCGGUUGCCUUAAUGAAA